AUGUUGUUCUACCACUUCCUCCUUCUCCUCAACUUUUGUUUCCGCUUUUUUCUGUUCUCCUUCCACUCUUCUUGCUUCCCCUCAGCUUGCUUGCUCUUCUACCCCCUCUACAUUCUUCUUCUUUUUCUUCUUUUUCUUCUUCUCUUCUUCUUCUUCUUCUUCUUCUUUCGUCACCCUAUUUUUCCUUUACUUUUCUCUUCUUGUUAUUCCUUCUUAUUUCAUAAUUUUUUCUUCGUAUUUCUUUAUUUUUCUUCUUCUUUUUCUUUUCGUCUUCUGCUUAGAUUCUUCGCUUUCUUUGCUCACCAUAAUGUUAUUCAUUUUUUCUUCUUCUUCGUGUUUUCUUUUUCUUUUCGAAAAUUUUGUUUUCUUCCAACUUCUUAUUCUUAUUUCUUUUCUUUUUCUUCUAACAUUUGCUUCUUCUUUUUUUCUUUUCUUACAUACUUCAAUUUCUUUCCUCUUUUUGUUGUUAUUCUUUAUUUUGUACCUUCUUCUUCUGUUGAAUUCUUUUUAAAUUCUUUUUCUUUCCUGAUCUUAUUAGUAUUUCUUCUUCUUCUUCUUCUUCUUCUUCUUCGUUUGUUUCCUCUUGUUGUUAUUCCUUAUUUGAAUUUCUUUGUUUUCUUUCCUGUUCUUGUUAAUAUUUCUUCUUUGUCGUCGUCUUCCUUUUUCUUCUUUUUCUUCUUUUUACAUUCUUCGUUUCUCUUUCCUUUCCUUGUUAUUCCACCUUCAGUUCCUUCUUUUCGUUCUCUUCUUCUUCUUCUUCUUCUUCUUCUUAGACUCUUCCUUUCCUUUUCUCUUCCCUUCUUGUUGAUAUUUAUUUUUAUUUUUCUUCUUCUUCUUUUUCUUCUUUUUCGAUUCACAUUCUUGUCAUCGUCCAUAUUCUUCUUUUACUUUUUCUCCUUAAUCUUCAUCUCUUUCUUCUUCCUCUUUUCCCUUCGACUGCUUUUUAUUAAUAUACUUCCUACAUCUUCUUAUUCCUUCUCCUCCGUUCACUUCUUUUUCUUACACCUCCUCCUACACCUCAUUCCACUCCCUAUUUCUUCUUUGUCUAUUCCUACCCCUAUUCUAACCCUAUUGUUUCCGCCCGCUUCUUCUCUUCUCUUUUCUUCCUAUUCCUUCCCCUUUCUCUUUCUCACCUCCGUCCUUCAGUUUCUUUAUUCUUUUAUUAUAUUUGUUCCUUUUCAACAUGUUAUUUAA